AUGGCGCCCGCGGCCGUCAACAAUCAGGCCUCUGCGCCGCCGGAGGGGAGGACGUACCCGGACGCCAAAGUGUUCCCCGUCAAGGAAACCCGAUUCGAGAAAUACCUCCCCCCGCAGGAGAAUGGCCGCCAGCGAGCGCUCGACGAACCCGGCGGCGCAGUCAUCGUCAUCGACAACGGCUCCUCCACCGUCCGCGCCGGGUGGUCGUUCGAUUCCAAGCCGCGCCUCAGCAUGCCCCCCAUCAUGUCCAAGUACCGCGACCGAAAGCUCGGCAAGACCUUUUCCUUUGCCGGCAACGACUGCUACGCCGACACGACCGCCAAGGGCCACAUUCGAAACGCCUUCGAGGCCGGCACGGGCAUCGUCAGCAACUGGGACGUCAUGGAACACGUCUUCGACUACAUCUUCCUCAAGCUCGGCUUGAACGAUGCUUCGGGCUCCAUCGAUUUCCCCGUCGUCAUGACCGAAGCUGUCGCAAACCUGCCGUACUCGAGGAAAUCCAUGACUGAGAUCCUGUUCGAAUGCUACGGCGCGCCCUCCCUCGCGUACGGCAUCGAUUCGCUGUUCUCGUACCGCCACAACGAGGGCAGCACGGGCCUCGUCGUCUCGUCCUCCUACACCUCCACCCACGUGAUACCAGUCAGCAACUCGAAAGCGAUGCUCUCCCAGGCCAUCAGGCUAAACUGGGGCGGCUACCACGGCGCCGAGUACCUCCUGAAACUCAUCCGGCUCAAGUACCCUGCCUUCACCGGCAAGAUGAACGUGUCCCAGGCCGAGAACAUGAUCCGCGAUCACUUCUACGUCUCCAAGGAUUACGACAACGAGAUCCGCACCUACCUCGACUGGACCGGUCUCGAGGAUCGAGACGUCGUCAUCCAGUAUCCCUAUACCGAAGAAAUCAUCGUCCAGAAGACGGAGGAGGAGCUUGCUCGCAUCGCCGAGCGCAAAAAGGAGAGCGGCCGAAGGCUCCAGGAGCAGGCAGCCAAGAUGAGGCUGGAAAAGCUCAUGAAGAAGGAGCAAGACCUCGAGUACUACAAGCAACUGCAGGGCCGGCUCGUCGACGAGACCAAGAAGGAGAUUCGACGGCAGCUCGACAGCCACGACUUCAAGGACGAGGCCCAGCUCGAAAAGGUCGUCAAGGAGCUUGAAAAAUCGAUCAAGAAGGCCCGGAUCAAGGAUCUGGGCGGCGACCCGGAGGAGGAGCAGGAGGAGCCCGACUUCAGCCUCUUGGAGGUGCCCGACGACCAGCUCGACGAGGCGCAGCUGAAGCAGAAGCGCCAGCAACGGUUGGUCAAGUCCAACCACGAGGCUCGAGCGCGCGCCAAGACCGAGAAGGAGGCCGAAAAGGCACGCAUUUUGGCCGAGGAGGAGCAGGACAGGCACCGGCGCGAGAACGACCUGGACUCCUGGCUGCAGGACAAGCGCCAGGCCCGGCUCGAGACGCUCGCCAAGAUCAAGGAGCGCGACCGUCUCAAGGCUGACCUGGGCAACCGCAAGUCGCUCGCGUCCCAGAUACGCAUGAAGAGCAUCGCCAAUCUCGCCUCGGACACGCCGACGAAGAAACGGCGGCGCGGCGGCGACGACGACACCUUUGGCGCCAACGACGACGACUGGGGCGUCUACAGGCAGAUCACCGUGGGCGAGAACAGCGACGACGAGCAGGAGGAGGAAGACCUCGCGGCGACGGUCAAGCAGCUCGAGCAGGACCUCCUCCAGUACGACGCAGAGUUCGACUACGAGCAGACGCAGGAGGCGCAGUCGGACUGGUCCAAGUCCCUCCUCCACGCCUUCGCCCGCGGGCCGCGUCCUUUCGACGGCACCCAGGCCGAGCUCAGCCAGGUGCACCUCAACGUCGAGCGGAUCCGCGUGCCCGAGGUCGUCUUCCGGCCGUCCAUCGCCGGUCUCGACCAGGCCGGCAUCAUCGAAAUCGCCGGCGACAUCCUCAACCACCGGCUCGCAGGUUUCGGCGUCGGCGACGACCACCUCUUCCUCCGCGACGUCUUCCUCACGGGCGGCAACAGCCUGUUCUGCAACUUUGACGAGCGCGUCCGCCACGGGCUCCGCGCCCUGCUGCCGGCCGACGCGCCGCUUGCCGUCCGCCGCGCCCAGGAUGCCUGCCUCGACGCCUGGAAGGGCGCCGCCGGAUGGGCCAGCUCGCCCGCCUGGAAGCAGGCCACCAUCUCGAGGGACGAGUACCUGGAGAGGGGGCCCGAAUACAUCAAGGAACACGACAUGGGCAAUUCAUAUGCGUAA